UGAGCUUGCCAGCGAUCUCAUUGGUAGCUUGGGUGCUUUCGCGGACUGCCAUCGCCCGCUCGAUGGGCAUGAGGGUGGUGCCAAUGCAUUUUUUCCAUUGCAUUCGCGACAUGUUCUCGUCAAACUUGCUGCCUUUCUUUUCACACUCAUACGAUGGAAACGGACUCGCGCCUGGUUACUGGCUUCAAAUCGACCCAAGGAGUUCAGCAUGCGCAAACCCCCGGUGGCGGAAAUCUGUUGAUCACUUGCUUUGGCAGAGCCAUGAUAGCGAUGGCGUUCAAGCCCACAACCCGUCAGAACGAGAGGAUGGUGCACGCCAAUGUUUUUGUUGUCCCACACUUGGUCAAGAACUCGAUUUCCACCAUGUCUUUCACAAGAUCAGACUUCGCCACGUUCUCAGAUGCCCGCGUCACAUUCCAAGAUGGCUCCAGCCGGAAGAUGCGCAUCGGCACUGACGGACAUGCAGGCUAUCCUUCCCCUGAGCUCAUCAUUUGGGAAGCUGGAAUGCAGAUGCCUGAAGUGCGAGUCAUAUUUGAGGCCCGAAGCCAUCCGAUCCCACUGGCUGCCAAAGUAGGCCAGUCGCUCAGCAGGAAGAACAAAGCAAUGCUUUGGCAUACAGGUGUGGCGUUCCAUUUCGCCGCGCUGCUUCAGUUGCUACCUGUCCUGAGUUCCUGGCGACAGUCCGCUAAACCUUCCUGCCGCAUGUGACACCUGCAUUGUAAACAAAGCAACGCUCAGUACAGCAACACCUCUCAAGAGACUUACACCUGCUUGGAUACGGUGCCUACCGACCUCAUCGAACCAUUGCCUUCCUCCACCUGCACUUACAUUCAGGCCAUCGUCGAUCACCACUCUGGCAUGGAGGGCACAACAAUUGCACAGCAAGAAUGAGGCUUUCCCAGAAAUCCAGACGUGGCGGAAAGUGGUGCUGUUAGUGAGGCGGAGAGUUGCUCCGCCGGAUCCACUGCGAUCAAGGCAAAUUGUGGUCGAGCGGCUUCCGAGUGUGGGCUGCAGGCCCCGGUAUCAGGACGUCCGCAAAACCAGUU